UAAAACAUAAGUGCGAGCACCUUAGCUGUCGUAAUUCAAAAUUCACAUACAAAUUUAAUAAGACAGAGAAAAAAAUCGACACAAAAUACACACGAAAGAAAGAUUCUCCGAAUUUCUCCGGCAUUCGAUUUUAUUAUUUAUGAAAUAGAACGGUAUUUUCCGAAUUUGCAUUCACGUAUUUCAAAUCCUGUUGAAUAUUUGCUAUGCUUGAUAAGAUUUGUGAGAAUUAUUACAACCAAAAUUACAUUUGACGCCAGAUACUUAUAUUAAAUUGGAUCAUUUAUGAAGUAGGUGAACACAAAUUUUAAAUUAAAAAAAAAUUCGUUCCAGAGAAGCAUCACAUCGACCAACCGACCCCAUAACGAAAACACUUCCGCUGAAGUGGAAUAUUUGAUUUGAAAAUUGGAAGUGUACUUUGUCGUUUAACAAAAUAUUGAGCAUAAAACAUUCGGAAAUAUGAUGUCCCAACACAUAAAUUCAAUGUUGGAGCAUCUUCGGGUGGGCCCAUUGAAACGGACCAUCAGACCGAACGAUGGUGACGAUAGCGGACAACAGAAGCAACAACAACAACAACAAAACGAACAACCAUCGACAACUUUGGACAGUUGUAGUUCAACGAUGAAUGCCAAAGGCAAUGGUGCUAUUAUGAGUAGUGGCGAUGAAGUUGAUAACAGUCGUGUAUCGGUUGUUAUCAAUGAAACACGUAAAAAAUCGCUGAAAGAAAUCCCAAAUGGUGUCGUUGGCAUCAUUGAUACGGAGAAAAAGUUUGAUCCACGUAAACGGUUCAGCAUUAGUAACGGUGAUUUACGCAAUGGUAAGGCACGCGAACUGUCGCCCGCCACAACAAUGAAACAACAACAACGCAAACUGUCGGCCGAUAUGCGAUUGCGAGGCAGUAAUUCGCAGUUAACUGAUGAUUAUCUACUUCGUCGACCUGUUCGUUUGCGCAGCAUGUGCACGAAUUUCGAGGUGUACGAUUCAUUGCACACAAAAGCCAUGGACCAACCAUCAAGCAAUGUGUUAUCGUGUUCGAAAGCCAUUUGCAUGGGGAGCAUUGUGCACGGUGCAAACUUUCCAUUAAUAACAACCGAUGCGCGCAAAGCAGAAGUGGUGCUUGAACAUGCCAAAGAUUUUCUCGACCAAUAUUUCACGUCAAUUCGGCGACACAAAUCACCAGCGCACGAAACCCGAUUACAACAAGUACAAAAGGAUAUUGAAGCAACAGGAACAUAUCAUCUAACCGAAACGGAAUUGAUUUAUGGUGCAAAAUUGGCCUGGAGAAAUUCGGCACGUUGCAUUGGUCGAAUUCAGUGGUCGAAACUACAAGUAUUUGAUUGCCGAUUGGUAACCACGACAAGCGGAAUGUUCGAGGCAAUUUGUAAUCACAUCAAAUACGCAACAAAUAAAGGAAAUUUGAGAUCGGCAAUAACGAUAUUCCCUCAACGAACGGAUGGCCGUCAUGAUUAUCGAAUUUGGAAUGCACAAUUAAUUUCAUACGCUGGUUAUCGAAUGCCUGAUGGUAAAGUUGUUGGCGAUCCUCAGAACGUUGAAUUCACGGAGGUAUGUACGAAGCUUGGUUGGAAAGGUAAGGGCACUGAAUGGGAUAUACUACCAUUGGUUGUAUCAGCAAGUGGGCAUGAUCCAGAUUAUUUUGAUUACCCACCGGAUUUGGUGCUUGAAGUGCCACUAAGUCAUCCCGAUCCGAAAUACAAAUGGUUUUCGGAAUUGAAUUUGAGAUGGUAUGCCGUACCGGCUGUGUCAAGCAUGAUGUUCGAUUGCGGUGGCAUUCAAUUCACAGCAACAUCAUUCAGUGGAUGGUAUAUGUCGACCGAAAUUGGUUGCAGAAAUCUAUGCGACGUGAAUCGCAGAAAUUUAAUCGAAAAAAUUGCCCAAAAACUGGACUUGGACACACGUACACCGACAUCACUGUGGAAGGAUAAAACACUUGUUGAAGUGAAUAUUGCUGUUUUGCACUCGUACCAAAGCCACAAUGUCACCAUUGUUGAUCACCAUACGGCCAGCGAGAGUUUUAUGAAGCAUUUGGAAAAUGAAACAAAACUAAGAAAUGGCUGCCCUGCUGACUGGGUAUGGAUUGUACCGCCGAUGUCAUCAUCAGUACUUCCGGUAUUCCAUCAGGAAAUGGCAUUAUAUUACUUAAAACCAUCGUUUGAUUAUCAAGAGCCGGCCUAUAAAGUGCACGUAUGGAAAAAAGAUCGAGAUAAAUCAAAGUCACGCAAACCACGUCGCAAGUUCCAUUUCAAACAAAUUGCCAGAGCGGUAAAAUUUACAUCUAAAUUGUUUGGUCGUGCAUUAUCGCGUCGUAUCAAAGCCACUAUUUUAUUUGCAACAGAAACGGGAAAAUCGGAACAGUAUGCAAAGCAGCUUGUUGAACUAUUGGGACACGCUUUCAACGCUCAGAUUUAUUGCAUGAGUGAUUACGACAUUUCUUCUAUUGAACACGAGGCGCUCUUACUGGUUAUUGCAUCAACAUUUGGCAAUGGUGACCCUCCAGAAAACGGCGAGGAAUUCGCACAAGGAUUAUAUGCAAUGAAACUUCAAGAGAGCGGCGAAAGCACCGACUAUCAUAAGAGUAUAACGGUGUCAUCGAAAUCAUUCAUGAGAGCCAAUUCACGUUCCGACUUUGGUAAAGUGAGCUUCCAACAGGUGCGUAAAAUGGAUCGAUUGGAUUCAUUGCGUGGUUCAACCACUGAAACCUAUACAGAAGAAACGUUCGGGCCACUGUCCAAUGUUCGUUUUGCUGUGUUUGCGCUUGGUUCGUCGGCAUAUCCAAACUUUUGUGCGUACGGCAAGUAUGUUGAUAAUAUUUUGGGCGAAUUGGGCGGUGAACGACUUACGAAAAUCGCUUAUGGUGAUGAAAUGUGCGGUCAAGAGCAUGCUUUUCGGAAAUGGGCACCGGAAGUCUUUAAGGUGGCUUGUGAAACAUUUUGUUUGGAUACGGACGAGACAUUCUCAAGCGCUACUUUGCACAAUGAAUCCUUAACCAUUGACACAGUUCGUUUAGUGCCUAGUGCAGAGACCAUUCCACUUGAUGUUCAAUUAGGCAAAUAUCAUAAUAAAAAUGUGGUUAUCGGUCGUACAAAAGUUAAACCACGGAAUUUACAUCGUUCGGCGACAGCGACCCGUUCAACAAUUUUGGUUGAAAUCGAAGCAAACAAUGUUCAUUAUCAACCGGGCGAUCAUGUUGGCAUAUUUCCUGCUAAUCGUAAAGAAAUCGUUGAUGGCAUUUUAAACCGAUUGAAUGGCAUUGAUAAUUUCGAUGAAAUUCUUCAGCUACAAUUGUUGAAAGAAAACCACACGACCAAUGGAGUUACAAAGAGCUGGGAACCACACGAAAAAUUACCAGCCUGCUCUUUGCGGACUCUUUUAACACGGUUUUUGGACAUAACAACACCACCAACACGACAACUUUUAACACUUUUAGCAACAUUUUGUGAAGAUAAAGCCGACGAAGAACGGCUUAACAUAUUAGCUAACGAAUCGUCGGCAUAUGAAGAUUGGCGACAUUGGCGAUUGCCACACUUACUCGAAGUGCUUGAAGAGUUUCCAUCAUGCAAACCACCAGCCUCGUUGUUCAUCGCCCACUUGUGUCCAAUGCAACCACGGUUCUAUUCAAUAUCAUCGUGUCCAAAUACAUGUCGAAACCAAAUCCACUUGACGGUGGCCGUUGUCAAAUACCGUGCCGAAGAUGGUGAGGGUGCUGAACAUUAUGGUGUGUGUUCCAAUUAUUUAGAAGGACUUAAAGAGAAUGAAAAUGUGUUCUUGUUUUUGCGAAAUGCGUCGAAUUUUCAUUUGCCAAAAGACACAUCGAAGCCCAUUAUUCUCAUUGGACCCGGCACUGGCAUCGCACCAUAUCGAGCAUUUUGGCAACACUGGGACUAUUUAAAGGAACAAGAUCCGAAUACACAAUUGCCGAAGGUUUGGUUGUUUUUUGGUUGUCGAACCAAAGCAUUGGAUUUGUAUGGUGAUGAAAAGCAGGAAAUGGUCGACAAGAAAAUUUUAGAUAGAGUAUUCUUAGCGAUGUCAAGAGAACCAGAUUUCCCAAAGACUUAUGUACAAGACUUAGCUGCCAAGGAAGCCGACGACAUUUAUAAAUUGAUCGUAACCGAAGAAGGCCACAUUUAUGUGUGCGGUGAUGUUACAAUGGCUGAACACGUUUAUUUAACGAUUAGGAAAAUAAUCGCAACAAAAGAGGUCAAAACUGAAUCGGAAGUGGAAAAGUAUUUAUUGGCAUUAAGGGAUCAAAAUCGAUAUCAUGAAGACAUAUUCGGAAUAACAUUGCGUACGGCUGAAAUUCACAAUAAAUCAAGAGCAACAGCUAGAAUACGAAUGGCAUCUCAACCAUAGUCGGAACCAUUUAGAAAUGACCAUCAUGCACCGUAUGGGUUACAAGAGAUAAACGAAAAUGAAUAUCCAAUCGAAUAAAAUUAUACACACACCAACACAUUUAGCGCGCAUCGAUUUCGCAAUGCGUUAACGACAUCUUAUCUAAUUCAUAUCCAAACACACAGUGAAAUAGCUUUCGAUGUUCUGGUUACUAUUUUUUUUCUGUUCUACACACAUAAAACGAGAUCGGUAAUAAAUACGCAAACUGACGGUGAAAUCGUGAAUUACUACCAAUGAAAUCUAUAAAUCAAUGAUCUUUUGGUAUAUUGAAUUUAAAGUGUCUGCAUUAUUUGACGUCGAACUGAGCUAAUGAAAAAUAGUAGUAUGAAAAUGGCCAAAACAAGUAGAAGUAAAGGUUGUAAUUCGAAAUUUUACCACCACACGGCUGAACUAUUACAAAUGUCAUUUUUUGUGUGUAUAAAUGUUCAUAUACAAAAUUGUAUAAAUCAAACAUCGAAAUCAAAUUAAUAUUUUCUCGAGUGAAAGACAUUUUUUUCCAAAUCAAAUAAAACAUAGUUUUUAAUGAUUGUUCGGCAGUUGCAACGUCAUUUUUUUAUGCGUUGGUAAGUCAUGUAUAUAUUGAACUAUUAAAAAUACAAAUCUCGCACAAUUUCAAAGUUAAUCAUAUAUAUUAUAUAAUAAAAUUAAACUUUUAUCUUUCUUAUUCGAUUUUUUUGCAACAUAAUUUUUCUUUUGCACAAACGGUAGCUCUUUUCUUAUGCACACCAAUCUAGCUUUGGUCUGAUUUAAAUGCGAUUUUCCGAAAAGGUUUCAAAAACGAGUAGAAAUUAACACUUCUAAAGUCUGGAUUAGGAAUAUGUUAGCACAUUUUACGAAUGUAAAUCGCAAUUUAAAAUUUUAAAAAGAAAAAAAACACAUUUCGUUCGAAAAGUUUCUCCGAAGCAAACAAUAUUCUUUUAAAGAAGUUAUUAUCGAACUUUGAAGAGAAAAAAGUUAGGAUCACAUACGAUGAAAAUAUGAUGGGAUGACAGCUUUGAUUUUUCUCAUUUUUGUGUCUUUACCUGAACAUUUAUGAUAGAUUGUAUUCAAAAAUCACAUUAAAAUGUUACUGAUUCAUUCAAAUUUAAUAAAAAUAUAUAGAUAUAUUUAUCAAAAUAAAACAUUACAGCAAAAAUCAAUU